AUGGCGAGGCAUAACGUUCAGCUUGACACGCUUAAGAACUGUCUCCAGUUCUUGCUGGGGUUGAAUACAGACAAGAAGAUGCAAAACCAGGUGUCCAACGAAUUGCAUGGGCGUCUUAGUGGCAAAUACAAUACUGUUGAUCAACCACAAAUUGAACAGGCAUUGUCCCAAUUCCUCAUCGCUGUGUCCAAUUUCCAUAAUAAAUUAUGCAACAAGGCACCUGCUGUAUAUAAUGGCAAUCAAGAUCCUACCGCCGUACUAGAUGCUCUUUUAGAAUGCAUCCCCAAGUUCUUAGCCGUGAUGUACUUUCUACGGUACCAGGUGGACGACGGCUUCAAAGCGCUGGGCGGAGGGGGGUGGAAGGACAAACCAGUUGGUGGAAGUGCAAUUUUUGGCGGUGAACUGCAGGCAUAUUUCACUGCACCAUCCAGCUCUAAAACGUAUGGUGUUGUUCCUGGAGGAUUCGGUAGACUAGAGUUGAAGUCUUAUUACCGGAGGGGUUCUUUUAUGACCGGUUACCUUGCAACUAUUUGUGAAAAGCAUGCCGAUAGGAAUAUACAAAAUUAUUUCCUCGACGUUUUUGCCACCUCAGUGUUGCGCGAAAAUUCCGGCACCCAGGACUCAAAUACAGCCAACGCCCUGGCGUUGGUGAGAACGUUUUGCGAGAUUGUAGAAAAGGAGACACAGGCCGGCGGCGGUGAGCUAAAACAGAAAUUGGAUGAUAGUUUAAAUGGUGAUACUGUUAAAAAAAUGGAGGUGAAAAACCUUAAGAAAGAAGAAUUUGCAAAGUACACGGCACAGUGGUUGAGAGAUAAUCUGGGCAACGUGAAGAAUAAUUUGGUGAAAAUUGAUACGACGAAUAAGGCCCUCGGAAAGAAAUCAACUGCUGAGCUUACAGACUAUUUUACCAACAAUCUCUUCCCAUAUGGUUUCACAUUUGACAAAUAUAACUUCGCAAGACAUAAAAACCCGUAUGAUGUUUUGCAAGAGAGUUGGGCUAAUGUAAUUAAUGAGUUUAAUAAAGCAAAUAACGGCUUGGCCAAACUUAAAGAAAUCUUGGAAGGUCAGAAGUGUCCAGGAGAUGAGGGCAAGAAAUUGGAGGGAGCACAGAACCAGGGACCCCAAAACGGGCCUGCGGAUCCCGCAAGUCAGAAUAAUGGUCGAAGUGAAGCAAAGCAUCCACCUUCACCAGUUGCAAAGUCUGGUGAUCCAGGAGUUCAAGGCUCGCAAGGGUUUCCUGGUCCAGGGGGUCCGGGGCCUUCUCAAUCCCCGGACGCAUCAAGUAAGCAAGUUGUUCAUCCUCAACAACCUUCCCAACCCCCGCCAGUUCUUCCCCCUCCACCGCCUCCUCCCCCUCUUCCUGGAGGCCCUAGCUCCGCUGCUCCGCCAGGUCCCCCGCUUCAGGGUUCAUCGUCCGUUGACACUCCAGCUCAACAUCCUGCUGCUUCUCCAACUGCUGUGCGAACUCAGUCUCCGGAUGUUGCAGGCUCAGGCUCUGGGCCAGCUGGUGUCCAGGGGGUUGGUCAACAUGGUAGUGGAGGGGCUGGGCAAGAUGGUGGUCAAGUUGUUACUCAAGAUGUAAGCCGCGUCACUACUGCGUCCGGUGCCCCGGCGUCUGGUUCAAGUGGGAGUGGGGAGACUAACAAGAAUUGCUCCAAUGGCAAGCCACCCGUGGAGUUGUGGCCUUAUGGGUUUAAAUACUGCCCCCGAGAUAGUAAGACGUGGGAUUCUAUAGCACAAAAGAAAAUGCACGACGAGUGGGAUAAAAAAACUCAAGAAGCUAACCAACGAGUAGCAGAAAGGAGACGUCAGAGGGAAGAUAGGCUCAGACAACAAAAGGAGGCGGAGGAACGCAAAAAGCAGAGGGACCUUGCAGCCCAGCAUCCUAUUAUCCCUGCGGUUCAAUACAGUCCGCCGCCUCCCACGUAUGGAAUUCAUCAGAGCAGGCCGCCAGCUUUGUCUCCAAUUCGCGAUUAUGAUGUGCCCAUAAUUGACGGAUUUAAAUCCACGCCCCCGGAUCCGCGGGACACGUGGCUGGACGGCGCAGACAUGUAUGAUUUUGGAGGACAAGAAGUGUCCGAGGAAGAUGACCCGGUGUUCGCCGAGAUGGGAGGGGAACCGAUCGCGGGAGGCUUUGAUAUUAAGCUGCAACAGGAAGAAGACUCGAAAUAUAAAUAUGCUGACCAACAACUGCAAGCGAUGUACGAACAACGACAUGUAGCGUUGCAAGAGCAAUUCGAAGCCGAUAAAGAACAACGAAGGCAAGCCGAAGCACAGCUACACAACAUAGUUCCUCCAGAUGCUUUCGAAGAAGUAAUGGAUAAUGUUGCCGGCGAAGAAGUGAUCGAUUUAGACAAUAUAAAAAUGUCAAAUGAUGCCUAUCCAGUGGUUGUGGGUGUCGAAGGCGAAAAGUUGCCAGCCGAUUAUGAUGCAAUACAUGAGCAACAAAAAAUCGCGAAUAUUCACGAUGCCUACACAAGGAUAUACGAACAUCGGAAAUCUGAAGAUGAAAAAAUUGAGGCGAUGCUGCACCAUGCUCAGCAAGUGGGAGUCAUGAAUUCAUUAAACGAUGAUGCUUUCGGUGAACUCGUGGAUAUUCCACAUAACCCAAAGUCAUAUGUUCCCGAAUCAUGGAUCAAACAUUACGUUGAUCGCAUUCCCAAACCAAUACCACCGGUCAUCGAAACAUUUCCCCAUGAGUCAAGACCUACUGAAGCAACCCAAGAGGUGCCUGACAUGCCGGCCGGAGUCUCAGAUACAAAGUCUUUCACGGACCUCCAAAUUCACGUCCCCAAGCGCACAGUUACGGACCCCUCAUAUGACUUCGACAUAGAUCACGACCCUCCGCCUCUGCCAGGCGUUCAGCCACUUGACCUAGUAGGACCAUCCACCGCCGCCAUUGCUCUCAAUUUAACACCGUUUGAAGUUGCGCCGUACUUUGUCCCCAAAGACUUCGACAAAAGUAAAAUCAAACGCUCAAAUGUAGAUAUGUGUAUACCAGAUUGGUCUACUCAGAAACCUACGCAUGACUCUACCGACAUCCCCGAGACAGAGCUGUUCCCCUCCGAGGCGCCGCGUACAGUCAAGGAGAUGCUCACUUGGAUCGCAGGACUGCAACACAAAAAGCACCAAGAGACUAUGAAACAGUGUAUUGAGAAAGCUUUCAAGCGCGGCGAGGAUAUCUCUGCCAUCCUCCCACUCUCAGUCAACGGUGCUGACAUCCGCCCUCAACAUGUCAUCGACACCAUCCAGCUUGCCGCCACGUUCGCAGCUUCAGUGCUCAAUUCCAUCGCGCCUAAGUGGAGGAUGGCGGUGCCAUCUGCAAGGUCGACGCCCAGGGAGCCCGAUUGGUGCGCCCUCCCCUGCCAGCUACGGGACUACGUCUACGCCUGCUGCCACCAGUUGGCGUUUCUCAAGUCACAGUGUUCUCGAAGGGAAUCUGAUGGUGGUUGGCAGGAUUGUUAUUAUGGCAGUAAUGUAUCUUCUCCCAAGUCCCCCCUCCAGGCCUUCCUGACUGACGCCUCGGACUCCAAGUUCCAGACUUACCCCUUCGACCCGUGUGACAUCUGCCGCAAGAGCCGCAUCAACAUGGGAUUUACAAAGGAUGAUUUGCCUGACGAUGAACAAGAUGGCAAGCAUAUUUCCACCAUCCUCUCUCCCACCUGCGGCGGCGACGAUCCCUUGCUGACAUUGGCCUCCUACCUCAACUGCCUCACCAGGCGGACGCCGCGCACCACCGGGGAGCUCGUCUCGUUCUUUCACAAUUGCGGGAAUGAGCUUCAUGAUGCGUUUUCAGAUAAAUUGUUACCACUGGGCUCCGCCCUCUCCAGUCCACAUUACGACUGCCCCGACUGGGACCGUCUUGAGGCCGAAGAUCUCCGAGCCAUCGAGGACGCCCGGGGCUCCGCCACUCCCAACUCCAACCACGACAAGAACCAUCCCAAGACGCUGUCCACGAUGCUUGGUUGCGACAUCACCAAUGCGCAGUGCCCACAACACUUGUCGCCCAUCACCUACCGGGCCUACGCCCUGUACUCUUCCAGCUUCGUACACCACUACCUUAGCUGGGCGGUGUACCUACCCGACAGACUACACGAGUCACUGGAAAAGCUGAGCGUAGAUUUAAGGGGGCAUGAUAAUACCAAGUGCACAUCACUCUACGCUUGUCACGACGCCCUGCCCCUCCUCUACUCUCACGGGUUCACUCCGCCGGACGGGACACUGCAGUCCUCACUCACGUGUUCGAAGGCCAUCGCCAAUCUGAAGGAAGUGGUCAACGGAAGGCCUAUCGCAAGCCUCAUGACGGCCAUGGACAAUUUCCUCUACAGAGUCCGGGAGCCCUUCAUCUACACUGUGUUCACACUCUGGUCUGUCGCAAUGAUCUUCCUCGCCCACACGAUGCUCUACCGUAUGGACAUACUGCGCAUCCGCUCGCAUCUCCUCACCACCAGGGCGUCUCAUCUCAUCGACGUCAAGGCCUUACUCACUAAAGGCCGCAAGAUGCUCUCACUCUACAAAGGCGUCGACUACUUCGACGACGAAUCUGCCGGCCUACUACACAGAUGA